CGUCCGUUCGACACUCUGGUACUCUCGACGACAUUUCCUACUGUGCAUGCCGCCGAAAUUACUACAGAGACUGUUCUCAAAAAAGAAGAGCAAAGCAGAAGUCAAUGUGUCUCGCAUACAACGGCGACGAGUGCUGACAGGUCUACUCUGGCGCCAUCUAAAUGCUCUAAGACUGCUCUUGCUCUUAGUUGGCUACGCUUGGUUGCUCUUCUUACCUUCCCCACGACUCGGCUCAAGAACAUAUAUCGACGAGAACGCACUGCAGCCUGCACAGGUUAGCACGUAUUGGAACUGGAAUGACGUGCACCGUGCGGACCGAUAUUUGGACGAGCUCGAGUUGAUGCGAGACAGGAAUGCAUCUCAUGAGGAACGUGCAAACUAUUUCAUGACCGAGUUCUCCAAGCUCGGUCUGCCUGCGUCCACCCAGAAGUAUGCGCUGUCGACCAGCCAGGAAGAGUUAGUUGGGACCAACGCCUACGCCAUGUUCUCCUCCCCACGCGCAUCAGGAGCAGAGGCCAUGCUCAUAAGCACUUCGUGGUUGAGCCAAAGCGGGAAUGGAGAUGCACUCAACUUGCGUGGCGUCGCUACUGUCCUCGCGCUGUCUGCUUUCUUGAAAAAAUAUUCUCAUUGGUCGAAGGACAUUAUUUUUGUCAUCAGCGAUGGCUAUCUGGAUGGCAUGCAGGCAUUUCUGAAUGAGUAUCAUGGCUCCUUUCAAUCAAACCUACAAGCAGAACCAUUGAUAUACUCAUCCGGGGUCAUCUGGACUGCUCUCAACAUCGACUAUCCUGGACAUUCAUUCUCUCACCUGGGUGUUUUCCGAGAGGGCGUGAACGGUCGUCUGCCUAACCAAGAUCUCAUAAACGCCUUCUCCAUCAUCUCCCGACACACAGGCGGUGUACCAGUCCUGGUGUACGAUCAUCACGAGCCGUCCGAGUUCCCUGGACGACAGGCCAUAGUUGAGAUGAUGCCCACUUGGGUGCCACCAUCGGUUACGGGACGGGACGAUGUCAUUCAGUAUGGGUAUCGAGCGAGAAAUAUUUUGAAGCAUGUAGGGCAUCAAGCUCGUGGACGACCGAGCGGCGUCCAUGGUUUACUUCACCAAUUCCGUAUCGACGCUAUCACGCUUUUCGCAGUGCCCUCGAACGGACCACACGGAUUCCACGCACUGGGCCGAGUCGUUGAAUCAACAUUACGCACAAUGAACAACCUCCUGGAACGUUUACACGCCUCAUUCUUCUUCUAUAUCAUGACCACCCCGACAUCUUUCCUCAAAAUAGGGAUGUACCUACCGAGCGCGGUAAUCAUCGGCGUUGCGCUCAUGUUCAGCGGCUUACGGGAAUGGGUUCAAGCCGGCUGGGUACAAAUUCCCGUCGCUGAGGAUACGGACCCCGGUGUCUCCGACGAGAAGCAGCACAGGAUGGUUGGUAGGAGACUGAGAUGGGUGAAGAGGGCAAGGAACGUGUUGCCUGUGAUGGGCAUCAUGCUUGUCACGCAUAUAUUGGGUGGAUUGGUAUUUAUGACCAUAUCUUCCUCGUGGUUUAUCGGGAAUCAAAACGUGGCAACACUCCCCCUAAUCCUGCUUAUGGGCACUCUACCCCUGGCCACCCUACUGUACACACCUACCGACUACACGACACGAUCGCCCCUCUCAACUCUCCUCAAAUCCCUCCUACUAUGCAUCUCAAGCACCAUCAUCUCCAUAACUUCGAUGCUCAACUUCUCCCUCGCUGCCCUACUCGCUAUCUCCCUCGGCAUCCCUCUCACCCUCGCCUCGCCUUCUUCGCCCUCUUCCUCAAGGCCUUCUACACACUCCUCUCCUCUCGCCCUCGUCUCACGCAUCGUGAAAUAUACCAUUUACGCCACACUCGCACUCUCCUGGCUUCUACUCGAGGACGAAGUAAGGCAAGGCGUUUGGUACUGGGACGUAGCGGGCGUGUGGUUCGCGCCGUUCGUUUGUGUGGUCUACGUGCCGUUGAUGUUGCAGGCUGGGAUCGUUUGUCUGCUCGCAUAAUCUGUUUAUUUUGAAUUGCAGGAAGUAUCGGAUUUCAUUACUGAGGAUGGGUUCUUGCGGACCCUUGC